UCUUCCGUACGAAACAUCGCCGCUCGGAACGCAGAGGGCGGCCGGAACAUGACAGCACCUUGAGCGCUUCUUUCCAACCCCACAGCGGUGUGAGACGUUCGGUCAGAGGGUUAGCUUGGUAAACGAACCGCCUGUUCUAUCCAUGCUACUGUGCCGGAUUUCGGCCGUAAGCAGGACGUUAGCGGGAUGGGGUCGGAGGUCACCCCGAGGUAGCGGCCUGCUCCUCCAGCGCGCCGUCUCCUUGAGCUGUUCUCGCGGCCAUGGAGGCGGCGGCGCUCAGCCUGUGGAUCCUCAGGCUGUCUACCGAGACUCGGUGCUUCUCCCACGGACGGAGUUUCCAAUGAAGCUGGUGGGACGAGCACUAGUGGAGCGGGAGGUUCAGAUCCAGCAGGAAUGCGAUUUUGCAGAGCUGUACUCAUGGCAAAGAGAAAGGAAGGCCAAGAAAAAGUUCUCCCUUCACGACGGCCCCCCGUACGCCAACGGGGCCCCACACGUCGGACAUGCACUCAACAAGAUCCUGAAGGAUAUCCGGAACCGCUUUGAGGUGCUGAGGGGGCGGCAGGUCCACUACGUUCCAGGCUGGGACUGCCACGGCCUGCCCAUUGAGCUGAAGGCUCUGGGAGGGCUGUGCGCCAGUGGCCUGACGCCACUGCAGAUCAGACAGAGAGCACGGGAGUUUGCAGAGGGGGCAAUAGCUCAGCAGAAAGCUGCCUUCCAGCGCUGGGGGGUGAUGGCUGACUGGGAGCAGUGCUACUACACGUUUGACGGGCCAUAUGAAGCCGCUCAACUGAAGGUCUUCCAAGAGAUGUACAGCAAGGGUCUCGUAUAUCAAGACUACAAGCCCGUCUUCUGGUCUCCUUCAUCAAGAACAGCCCUGGCAGAGGCUGAGCUAGAGUACAACCCUGAACACGUGAGCCGAGCCGUCUACGCCACCUUUGCACUGACAACGCCGCCACCGGGGCUCCCUGCAGAAGAGGGUCUGGACGACGUCUCUUUGCUGGUGUGGACCACUCAGCCGUGGACCCUUCCGGCCAACCAGGCAGUGUGCUACAUGCCCAAUGCAGAGUACUCUGUGGUGAAGCGGGCGGACACCUCUCAGCUGCUGUUGGUAGCCGCGGAGCGCGCCGCCGGUCUGGCAGCUCUGCUGGGAACAGAGCUGAGGAGCGUGAGCACCUUCACAGGUUCUCAGCUUGAAGGUGGGAUGUGCACACAUCCCAUGAAUCCUGGCGUGCAGGUCCCUUUACUGCCAGCCAAUCAUGUGACCAUGGCCAAAGGCACAGGAUUGGUCCACACAGCCCCGGCUCACGGCAUGGAGGAUUACAGCGUGGCCUCACAGUUCAAACUGCCGGUGGACUGCAUGGUGGAUGACGAUGGCCGCUUCACAGAGCUGGCCGGACCCCAGCUGCAGGGCCUGUCUGUGCUGACGGAAGGCACCGAGAAAGUGAUUUCCAUGCUUAGGGAGAAUGGCGCUCUGGUGCUGGAGCAGCAGUGUGUCCACAGUUACCCCUACGACUGGAGAACGAAGCAGCCGGUGCUCAUAAGGCCGAGCAAACAGUGGUUCAUCAACACACUGUCGCUCAGAGACAAGGCCAAGGAAGUGCUGCAGAAGGUUCAGGUUUUGCCAGAAUCAGCCAGAGGCAGUCUGCUGGCCAUGCUGGACAGACGGACCUACUGGUGCAUCUCCAGACAGCGCAGCUGGGGGGUCCCCAUCCCCGUCUUCUAUCACAAGGACAGCGGAGAGCCUCUCAUUAACAAAGACACCGUGACCCACAUCGCUGAACUCUUCAAGGAGAAGGGCAGUGACUGCUGGUGGGAACUUCCCAUUGAGACCCUGCUGCCCCCAAAUGUGCUGAAGAAGGCUGGAGCUGGUGCGGCGAGCGACUUUGUUCGAGGUGAAGAUGUGCUGGACAUCUGGUUUGACAGUGGAUCGUCGUGGGCAGCUGUUCUCGAAGGGGAGGGGCAGGAGGACCCUGAGGAGCCAGAGAGGCGUCUCCGCUGGCUCCCCUCCUCGCGCCGCAGUCCUCUGGGUGCAGAGCUGGACUCCAGGGCGGAUGUGUGCGUGGAGGGCAAGGACCAGCUGGGGGGCUGGUUUCAGUCCUCGCUGCUCACCAGUGUGGCUGUGAGAAACAAAGCUCCUUACAAGUGUCUGGUGGUCCACGGCUUUGCCGUCAGCGAGACGGGAGAGAAGAUGUCCAAGUCCCUGGGGAAUGUGAUCGAUCCAGACGAAGUCAUCAAUGGAGGAAAGGAUGGCGGCGCUCCUGCUUAUGGAGCGGACGUUCUUCGCUGGUGGGUUGCAGAAUCCAACAUCUUCUCAGAACUCCAGAUUGGAUCCAAUGCUCUGAACUCGGCACGUGACAGCAUCAGCAAGCUGAGGAACACGCUGCGCUUCCUGCUGGGGAACCUGCAGGGAUUCGACCCGCGCACUCAGUCCGUGGACGCCAAGCGGAUGCACUACGUGGAUCAGUACAUGCUGCACCUGCUCCGCCAGUUCAGCAUGAAGGUCACAGACGCCUACAGCGAGUUCGAUGCCAGUCGGGUCAUCCGCCUGCUGCAGGCCUUCGUCACCAGAGACCUCUCCAGCUUCUACUUCAGCAUCAUCAAGGACCGGCUGUACUGCGACCCGGAGGACUCUCCAGGCAGGAGGUCGUGUCAGACGGCGUUGGAGGAAAUCCUGGACGGCGUGACGCGCUCCGUGGCUCCCAUCCUGCCACAUUUAGCUGAAGAAGUGUAUCAGCUGGCUCCAGGACAUGAGAGAGGAGACACUCUGUUCAGGAGUGGCUGGAUCAAAAGCAGCUCGGUGUGGCAGCGUCCGGGGUUGGAGGAGGCCGUGGAAGGUGCGUGCGCCAUCAGGGACUCCUUUCUGGCUUCCAUUGCCAGCAAAAACGCUGCCCAGUACGACCUGACGGUGGCCAUCCAGCCCGGGCUGCUGUUUGAGCUCAUGGAGUCUCUCCAGGAGGAGCCCACCUCCACCUCCUCCCAGCUGGUGGAGCUGAUGAUGGCAGCUCGGGUCAACCUGGUCACUGAAUUGCCCCGGGACCUGGACCCACAGGCACUGGUCCGACACGGCAGCUUCCUCAUCAACCUGGAAGGUGGUUUCAUCCGUGAAGAGAGUCCCUUCAGCAUCGCAGUGGCGCCCUCUGCUGGUGCCCGAUGCCCUCGUUGUCGCCGCUACACUUCAGAAUCGGCAGACUGCUUGUGCAGUCGCUGCCAGGCCGUCGUCUCGCAGGCUCCACCACUGCGGCCGUAGUCCAAAGGUGGAGGAGGGGCGGGCAGAACGCAGAGGUCCCACCUGUCCCUGGUUGGACGGGUCACACUGGAGCAGAGACAAAGCGGCGUUGAGGGUCACACUUCCUGUUUGAACUGUUGGUCAGUGGAAGAAUAAAGUGUAAAACCCAGAUCUGUACCUACGUAACCAGCUGAGAAACUCUUAGUGGUUUUAGGUCCUGGAUAGGAGAUCAGUGUGUCACAUGAGGAAGAGGAGUUCAGAUGUAUUGGAAGUAAAUGGGGUUGGAACCAGCAA